AUGUUCUGGCUUGACAUCGGGGUCGAUAAGAAAGAAGAGAGAUUUGAUGUUCUUGAACAGAUACCCAGCUGGUGGGUUAUUAUGCGUGUUGUUGUUAUGCAUGCUAGCUUCCGAGAAGCUGCACAGACUGGUUUAUUUGGCCACCUAGGCGACGCGACCGUGCAAAUUGUCUCCUUGGCUGACGAGAAAAAAGCCAAUGCACUGUACGAUUUUGCCGAGAAAUGCGAUUGGAAGGCUGCUUCUGUGGAGGAGACUCGAAGGGAUUCCGAGGAAUGCUUGAAGGAGGAGCUGAAAGAAUGCAUUGAUAUCGGAAAAGCUAUUGUCGACAAUGCAUCCAGCCGUAAUGUUUCGUCUUUGCGUAUCCAAGUGCAAUAA